UUUUCUCUCACUAUAAACACAACACAAACACGCCAACUCCCAUCUCCAAAUCCCCUCUCUCUCCCCUCCUCUGCACAAUCUUGUCAGACUUGUCUAACUCAUGAGCUGUGCUCUUCUUCUUCCUCGAUAAAUACCCCUCCUCAUUUCUCACAAUCUCAUCAAUCCUCACCUUCACACUCUGUUUUUUGAGAAAAAAAAGAAAAGAAAAAAAGAAACAGAAAUCAUGGGUUUUCCAGUGGGAUAUACUGAACUAUUCUUCCCAAAACUACUUAUACACACACUAUCAUUCCUGGGUUUUAUAAGGAAAUUCAUAUCAUGGUUGUUUAAAUUCAUGGGUCUAGGUGAUUUUCUUGAAUCAGACAUUACCUGGUCAUCAUCAUCAUCAGAGAAUUAUCACUCUCAUUCUCAUUCACAUCAUCAAUGUCAAACUGAAUUUCACUCUGUUUCAGCUGUUCUCAUCAGAGAAAUGAUUCCAGUUAUCAAAUUUGGAGAUUUGGUUAAUGAAGCUGAACAAGAUGGAGCAGAUGGUGAGAAGAUUGAUGUUCCUGAGAGCUGCGCUGUGUGUUUAUAUGAUUUUGAGAAUUCAGAAGAGAUAAGGAGAUUGACUAAUUGUAGACAUAUUUUCCAUAGAAGCUGUUUAGAUCGGUGGAUGGAUCAUGAUCAGAAGACUUGUCCAUUGUGUAGAACUCCAUUUAUUCCCGAUGAUUUACAGGAAGCUUUUAAUGAAAGAUUAUGGGCUGCUUCUGGUGUUCCUGAUUUUUAUGGUGAAUUCUCUUCUUCUACUUCCUCUGUUUUCUAAAUUAAAAAAAAGUAGGGUCUUUUUAGGUGGGGGGAUUCAAUGGGUCUCUGUCUGUAACUCUGUAAAUACAUGAAACAAGAAGAAGAUGAAGAUGAAGAUUAAGAAAUAUAUUCUGUGUAAACAAAAGAAAUUCCGGAAGAUUGAAAUAUAAUUUUCCGGAAAGAGAUGAAUUUUUGUAUACUUAAAUGAAAUUUUUAGAAAUUUAGAAUCUUAAUUAUUAUAGUU